GGAGCCGGGACCACGAAAGACAGCUGGUUUGCCCCAAACCGCAUCAUCAACUCCACCUGGACAGACAUUAAAACUUCGAGAUUUAAUAUUUUCAGACUCAGAGGGCAGGGCGAAAUCAACCGUCGGUUCCAGAUAAACAGCUACUUUGCGGGUUGUCGAGGGGACGUUGGAUGGCUUGUUGUCGUAGAUAAACUCCACAAUAACCCUUGUUUCUGGGAGAAGGCUGCUUCCAAACCAAAUAUUUUGUACAGUGCCGGAGUAAACGCAUCAGUGUGUGCUGAGUUUGAAUCCGGCGAUGUUAUGGCGAUACUGACAAAACAAGAAAACUCAGCAUGAUUUCUCAUUAUUUGUGACAGAUGAUUAAACUCAUUUACAGUCCGUUUGGCUCAAAAUUGCAAUCUAACAUAUAAUACACAAUGAAACGCUGAUCAUAAUCAAAACAUCGGACCAACAGAAUUUAUGUCCUAAAAAUAACAAAGUUGU